AUGAUUCGAUUAGAACAGGAACACGCACAACAACGAACAACUCGUCCAAAAAGUAUAUUACUUGGACAAACAACAAAAGAAUAUAAUGAAUUAUAUAUACAUUUAAUUGAACGUAAUUAUAAAUUAAUAACUAAAACUCAUGCAUAUGCAUCAUUGUUAAUACUUUCACGUAUUUAUACAUUAUUACAACGACCAAAUAAAAAUACAAAUUCAUUAAAUAAUGAACAUGUUAAUAAAGAACAAACAAUAAUUGAUAGUUCAUCAAUAAUAUCAUCAUCAGAUAAUAUUCUUAUUGAACUUGUUGAAGAAUUAUAUGCACAUACAAAACAAUCAUCAACAUUACCAUAUGAAGCUUUACUUUUAUUAUGUCCUUUAUCAUUAUUACUUGCACACAUUAGUUUUUUUUUCGUGCUUUAA